AUGGCAGGAGGUAGGAACGAUCGUGCAAUCGCUGAUGCUCUACAAGCGAUGGCUCAGGCUCUUGGUAAUAUGAACCAACAACCAGAGGUAGAUUGGCUGGAGAGAUUCCAGCGAAAUAAUCCACCUAGCUUCCGUGGGGGUUAUAAUCCUGAUGGAGCUGCUGGCUGGAUAUUCGAAGCUGGCAUCUGGUGGCAAGGUGCUUUGCAAAGAAUGAUAGCUGUGGGUACCCUAGUGAACUGGGAGAAUUUCAAGCAGUUAUUCUUGGAGAAAUACUUUCCCAGAGAUGUGAGACAUAAGAAACAAGUAGAAUUCCUUGAAUUGAAGCAAGGAGAGGAUUCUGUGGCUGAGUAUGUGACUAAGUUUGAAGACAUAGUCAGAUUUUGUCCUAUGUAUGAUGGUGUGGGCAAUGUGGAGGACAAAUGUGUGAAGUUUGUGAGUGGUCUUCGCCCUGAGAUUAAACAAGUUUUGAAUUAUCAAGGGAUCGCUCACUAUCAUGAAUUGGUAAACAAGUUCCGAGUAUAUGAUGAGGACAACCGUGCUAGGGUAACUCAUUAUAAGAGUGGAGGACCCAUGAGGAAUAAUAAGUUUGGGUCAUCUAGUAAGGGUAAACCUUACACCAAGUCUGCCGGGAAUUCAAGUUCUAAAGUGAAUAAUCAAGAUUCUGUGCAACAAAGGAGCCAAGCUAGCCAAAUGUCUAGAGGAGGGAGUGUGAGUUCUGUUCCACACAACAACUGCUUCAACUGUGGGAAGCCAGGGCAUAGGGCAAUUGAGUGUCGGAUACCAAGAGCAAUAACAUGUUACAACUGUCAACAGAAGGGACACAAAGCUAAUGAAUGCCCCAAUAACAAGAAAGGAACAUAUUAUUUUUGA